AUGGUCCUAAGCUUUCUUCAUAUUAUUAUUAUUAGCCCGUUUGCGGAUUCUCAGUUGAUCACGUUGCCAUGUGGAAUGAAUGUACGCCUGUCUCUGCGAUUGCAGCCGGUCUGUCUUGAUCUUUCUUUCGUGUUUUUCCACCGAUCUCGUCCUAUUCUUAGGUUCAGCUUGCGAUAUCCGUCUGGCGAAUAG